GAGUCGACCGUCGCGCUCUUUCCGGUCUGUGGUUGAAAGUCAAAACAACACUGCGGCGCGGCAGCAUGGCGGUCCUGAUGGGGUGCAAAACUCUGUUGCAAGCGUUUCGGUGCCAGGCGGGGGACCUGGACAGCUUGUACAGACUGGGAAGUGGUUCCUCAAGAUGUCUGCAGUAUGUUUUCUCUGACAGAGCGUCGCCCCUUCGCCCGGCCGGUCACUCAGCAGCACGCCACUACAGCUCCGACGCGAAGGAUGACCUGCGCGUCAGAUACCUGGAUGGAGACGAUUCAGGUAUUGUUGUUGUUGGGAUAAACCGACCCAAAGCCAAAAAUGCCAUAAGCAAAAACCUGGUGAAACUGAUGUCUGAGGCUGUGGAGGACAUUAAAAAGAACAACAAAGUACGAAGUGUUAUUGUAUGCAGUUUAGUUCCUGGGAUCUUCUGUGCAGGUGCAGACCUGAAGGAGAGAGCCAAAAUGCACCAAAGUGAAGUGGGACCUUUUGUGUCAAAAGCAAGGGCACUUAUCACAGAGCUUGGCAACCUGCCCAUGCCAACAAUUGCUGCAAUUGAUGGAGCUGCUCUGGGAGGCGGCUUGGAGAUGGCCCUGGCUUGUGACAUCAGAAUUUCAUCCAACUGCGCAAAAAUGGGACUGGUUGAGGCCAAACUGGCCAUUAUUCCAGGUGCAGGUGGUACCCAGCGUCUGCCCAGGGCUAUUGGUGUUUCCCUCGCUAAGGAGCUCAUUUUUGCCGCCCGGGUCGUGGACGGAGCAGAGGCUUGCCGCCUCGGCCUGGUCAGCCACUCUGUAGAGCAGAACAAGAGUGGAGAUGCUGCCUACCUCCGGGCGUUGGAGCUUGCCCGCGAGUUCAACCCUCAGGGUCCAAUUGCAAUUAGAAUGGCAAAGUUGGCUAUUAACCAGGGGAUGGAGGUUGAUUUAGCUACAGGACUGGCAAUUGAAGAGGCAUGCUACGCCCAGGUGAUACCAACAAAAGACAGACUGGAGGGUCUCGCUGCAUUCAAGGAGAAGAGGACUCCUCGCUACAAGGGGGAGUAAGGGCUCGGCCUAAUCAAACGCAGUUGCAAAGUACUGCCCAGGUCCACUAUCACAGCUUCAGUCAUAUUUAGGGGUGGAACGGUACAUGUAAAACACCAACCUGUUUGGUACAGUACCCUCAGAACAUCCAGCUGAACACAACAACUUUGGGUUCAUCCUGUUCAGUAAUGUGGCCAGUGAUUUGAAAAACAUGACGCUAAAAGCUAAAGCGCUUUCUGGCUGUGGCAAUUAAUGCUUUUAGGUGAAACUGUCCUAAGUAAGCACUGACCACAGCGUACUGAAAAUCAUAUUUCUGAAAUCUGUAAAAAAUUAAUUGGUUUCAAUAGUUUGAAUAUUUGCAUGCAGAUUGACAAUUAGUAGCUAAAAUAGCCAGUUAAUCGUUAAGCGUUUCUGGAUUAGGUCGCUCAUCCAGAAAUGCCAAAUACAUUGCCAUAAUGUCCUUUCAAUACAUGAUUAAGUGGAUACAUCAGAUUUGUACAGUGGAAAAUGUAUUCUGAUGCCCUGUUCCAAACUAGUGGAGGAGUAAUGUUCACUUUGCUCCAUCAAUGAGGGCUACAGCCAGGAAAUAAUAAUCACUAUGUUUACAUGGGCUCCAGUAUUCUGAUAUUUACCCGAUUAAAACUGCACUUGGAAUAAGAAAUGUCUAUGUAAACAGCAUUUUUUUUUUUAAAUCACAUGAGCGGUUAUGGACAGACUUGUGGAGUACGCCAACUUUGGAAAAGAUGACCGACAACACAAGCAAAAAAUCUCAAUAUUACUGGUGUGAGGCGGAAAAAGGCGAACACUAUAUGCUAAAUAUUUUCGGUGAAAUGUGUUAUGUAGCGCUUGGCGAAGCCAGGCCAAAUCAGGCUGUGCUGCGCAGCAUGUAAACGGGAAUAUUAAUGUCAACCCAUGUAAACAGAUUAAUCAGACUGUCAUAUUUAGAAUAAGGCCAAUAGUCAGAUUGUUUUGUCCAUGUAAACGUAGUCAUUGUUAAAGAGAUCUGCAUGAAAUCAUGGGAUGGACGUGUUUUUUCCUCUCCAGAAAAGCCAUCAUGUGCAACAUCUACUAAGCUACUCCUCUUGGUGAUUGAAGAGGAGAGUGGAAUUUUGAACCUUUUUUUUUUAAUUUACAUCAUUUCAUUAAUAUAUUUUAACAAUUCAUAAUGCCCCUGUGUAAUUUCUGAAAUGAAAUGCUUUAGACUGAACACAUCGUCUCUGUUGAACUGUGAGUUUUGUGAACCGUUCCACCACCAGUCAGGUAGCUGUCGUACUGACAACGUAGAUGAUGACCUUGAAGUGACAGCGAGGAUUCUCACCCGUGCAAGGGGAUCUGAAGUCAGGUAUUGUGUCCAGACUGAUCUGAACAGCUGAUCGACCAGAAGCUGACUUUGCAUGAUAUGCCUUUAUGUUUUUUCAGUUCUUCUGUUCUGAGUUGCCUUUCCUUGUCUGCCACAUGUGUUUUGUUCCUCAAUGAUUUUGGUCAGUGUUGUUGUAAAUGAAUCAAAAGCCUCAAACUGCUCUCAUGAAUACUUCCACAAUGAAUUAACCACAAUGAUAACCCUAGAAAUGUUAUGUUAAUAAAUCUUCUGUUGCCUAGAAA